AUGCCUCAUUUCUACCACGGUUUCCUCAAGGCGAUAUACAUCCCGGCAGAACACGGCUUAAGAUACAGCCCCACACCAGUACGUUCACGGUUCUACAACAACAACAACCGCAGCUUCAAACUCCAGGAUGUUCAUUAUGUGAUAACAAAGCAGUUCUGCAACAAACACGAGAAACUGACACACCAGUAUCUUGGCGAUGUAAUAACAAAACACUUCUACAAACAACUAGGACACCCUGACACACCGGUAUGUUCACCUGGUGAUAACAAAACACCUCUACAACAGCUAGGACAGCCUGACACACCAGUAUGUUCACCUGGUGAUAACAAAACACCUCUACAACAACUAGGACAGCCUGACACACCAGUAUGUUCACCUGGUGAUAACAAAACACUUCUACAACAACUAGGACAGCCUGACACACCGGUAGGCCUAUGUUCACCUGGUGAUAACAAAACACCUCUACAACAACUAGGACAGCCUGACACACCGGUAUGUUCACCUGGUGAUAACAAAACACUUCUACAACAGCUAGGGCACCCUGACACACCGGUAUGUUCACCUGGUGAUAACAAAACACUUCUACAACAGCUAGGACAGCCUGACACACCAGUAUGUUCACCUGGUGAUAACAAAACACCUCUACAACAGCAAGGACAAGCUGACACACCGGUAUGUUCACCUGGUGAUAACAAAACACCUCUACAACAACUAGGACAGCCUGACACACCAGUAUGUUCACCUGGUGAUAACAAAACACCUCUACAACAACUAGGACAGCCUGACACACCGGUAUGUUCACCUGGUGAUAACAAAACACUUCUACAACAGCUAGGACCGCCUGACACACCAGUAUGUUCACCUGGUGAUAACAAAACACCUCUACAACAACUAGGACACCCUGACACACCGGUAUGUUCACCUGGUGAUAUCAAAACACCUCUACAACAACUAGGACAGCCUGACACACCGGUAUGUUCACCUGGUGAUAACAAAACACCUCUACAACAGGUAGGACAGCCUGACACACCAGUAUGUUCACCUGGUGAUAACAAAGCACCUCUACAACAACUAGGACAGCCUGACACACCAGUAUGUUCACCUGGUGAUAACAAAACACCUCUACAACAGCUAGGACACCCUGACACACCGGUAUGUUCACCUGGUGAUAACAAAACACUUCUACAACAAGUAGGACAGCCUGACACACACCAGUAUGUUCACCUGGUGAUAACAAAACACCUCUACAACAACUAG